CGGCAGCUCCCGGCCGUGCGGCACAGCCCCGCAGCCGGGCCGGGCUCUGGGCUGACCCAUGCUGCGCUAGGCUGCCCGCACCAUGCCGGCCCCUCUGCGCCUGGCCUGGCUGCUGGGGCUCUGCAGCCUCUGCCGCGCCUACUUCGAGGGGCCGCUGUACCCCGAGAUGUCCAACGGGAGCCUGCACCACUACUUCGUCCCCGACGGGGACUACGAGGAGAACGACGACCCCGAGCGCUGCCAGCUGCUGUUCCGGGUGAGCGAGCGGCGGCGGUGCGGCGCGGCGGCGGCGGGGCUCAGCCUGCGGGAGGAGCUGACGGUGCUGGGCCGCCAGGUGGAGGACGCGGGCCGGGUGCUGGAGGGCAUCGGCAGGAGCAUCUCCUACGACCUGGACGGCGAGGAGAGCUACGGCGCCUACCUGCGCCGCGAGUCCGCCCAGAUCAGCGACGCCUACUCCAGCUCGGACCGCUCGCUGAGCGAGCUGGAGGGCAAGUUCCGCCAGGGGCAGGAGCAGGGCGGCCGGGAGGAGUCCCGCCUGGGCGACAGCUUCCUGGGGCUGCUGCUGCACGCCCGCGCCCUGCUGCGGGAGACCCGCCACGUCUCCAGCGGGCUGCGCGACAAGUACGACCUGCUGGCGCUGACCGUGCGCAGCCACGGCGCCCGCCUCAGCCGCCUCAAGAACGAUUAUCUGCGGGGCUGAGAGACACCCCCAUCCUUCCAGAGACACCCCCGCCCUUCCAGAGACACCCCCAGUCCCAGCCUC